AGAUUUUCUCUAUUAUUGUUGGUCUGGCUGUCCUGGAACUCACUGUGUAACCAGGCUGGCCUUGAACUCAAAGAGAGCCACCUUCCUCUCCUGUCCAAGUACUGGGCUUAAUGUGGAUACGAUCAAGUGCGAAUUAAUUUUUUUCUGGAACUGGAGACAUGAGGCUAAAGAUAUCGCUCUUAAAAGAACCAAAGCAUCAAGAAUUGGUGAGCUGCGUGGGUUGGACAACAGCGGAGGAACUGUACUCAUGCAGUGACGAUCACCAGAUAGUGAAAUGGAACUUGCUGACCAGUGAAACCAGUCUAAUAGUCAAGCUGCCUGAUGACAUCUACCCGAUAGACCUCCAUUGGUUUCCAAAAAGCUUAGGCAUAAAGAAACAGACGCAGGCAGAAAGUUUCGUCCUCUUGAGUUCUGAUGGUAAGUUUCAUCUGAUUUCCAAGUUAGGAAGAGUGGAGAAAAGUGUGGAAGCUCACUGUGGGGCUGUGCUCGCAGGGAGGUGGAAUUAUGAGGGGACCGCGCUAGUUACAGUUGGAGAAGAUGGACAAGUGAAAAUCUGGUCAAAGAUGGGGAUGCUUCGGUCAACGCUGGCGCAGCAAGGAAUACCAGUGUAUUCAGUAGCAUGGGGCCCUGAUUCAGAAAAGGUUCUUUAUACAGCAGGCAAACAGCUCAUCAUUAAACCUCUUCAGCCAAAUGCUAAAGUUUUACAGUGGAAAGCCCAUGAAGGCAUUAUUUUAAAAGUCGAUUGGAACUUAGUCAACGACCUUAUUUUAUCUGCUGGUGAAGACUGUAAGUAUAAGGUUUGGGAUAGUUAUGGCCGUGCACUGUACAGUUCUCAGCCUCACGAGCACCCUAUUACCUCCGUCGCCUGGGCUCCAGAUGGGGAGUUGUUUGCUGUUGGGUCGUUUCAUACUCUGCGCUUGUGUGAUAAAACUGGGUGGUCAUACGCUUUAGAAAAACCCAACACCGGCAGCAUAUUUAAUAUCGCCUGGUCUAUUGACGGCACUCAGAUCGCUGGAGCCUGUGGGAAUGGACACGUUGUCUUUGCACAUGUGGUGGAGCAGCGCUGGGAGUGGAAAAACUUUCAAGUAACACUAACAAAGAGAAGGACCAUGCAGGUUCGCAAUGUUCUCAAUGAUGCGGUGGAUUUAUUGGAAUUCCGUGACAGAGUCAUUAAAGCAUCUCUAAACUAUGAACACUUGGUUGUUUCGACAUCUCUGCAAUGCUACGUGUUCUCUACGAAGAACUGGAAUACACCACUUAUAUUUGAUCUGAAAGAAGGAACUGUUAGUUUAAUUCUACAAGCAGAAAGACAUUUUCUUCUGGUGGAUGGUGGUGGUAUCUAUUUGCAUUCUUAUGAAGGGCGCUUCAUUUCUUCUCCAAAGUUUCCUGGAAUGAGAACAGAUAUUCUGAAUGCACAGACUGUGUCUCUGAGUAAUGACACUAUAGCAAUAAAAGACAAAGCUGAUGAAAAAAUAAUCUUCCUCUUUGAAGCCUCAACUGGAAAACCAUUAGGGGAUGGGAAACUUCUUUCUCAUAAGAAUGAAAUCUCAGAAAUUGCUCUGGAUCAAAAAGGACUUACCAAUGACAGAAAAAUUGCUUUCAUUGAUAAGAACAGAGACCUCUACAUCACCUCAGUGAAGAGAUUUGGGAAAGAAGAACAGAUUAUUAAACUAGGAACCAUGGUGCAUACGUUGGCAUGGUGUGAUACGUGCAAUAUCCUCUGUGGACUUCAAGAUACUCGAUUCACAGUAUGGUAUUACCCCAAUGCUGUUUACGUGGACAGAGACAUUCUGCCCAAAACAUUGUAUGAAAGAGAUGCAAGUGAAUAUAGUAAAAACCCCCAUAUAGUGAGUUUUGUUGGAAAUCAGGUAACUAUAAGAAGAGCUGACGGCUCCCUGGUACACAUCAGCAUAUCACCGUAUCCUGCUAUCCUCCAUGAAUAUGUGAGCAGCUCAAAAUGGGAAGACGCUGUAAGACUUUGCCGCUUUGUUAAGGAGCAGAGCAUGUGGGCUUGCCUAGCAGCAAUGGCAGUUGCUAAUCGAGAUAUGACUACUGCAGAAAUAGCCUAUGCAGCGAUUGGUGAAAUUGAUAAAGUUCGAUAUAUCAAUGCUAUAAAAGAUCUUCCAUCUAAAGAAUCUAAAAUGGCCCACAUCCUGAUGUUCAGUGGGAACAUCCAGGAGGCUGAAACAGUCCUUCUCCAGGCUGGCCUCGUUUACCAAGCAAUCCAGAUCAACAUCAAUCUUUAUAACUGGGAAAGGGCACUGGAAUUGGCUGUAAAAUACAAAACUCAUGUUGAUACAGUUCUUGCUUAUCGUCAAAAGUUUUUGGAGACAUUUGGUAAACAAGAAACUAAUAAACGAUAUUUGCAAUAUGCAGAAGGUCUCCAAAUAGACUGGGAGAAAAUCAAAGCCAAAAUUGAGAUGGAGAUUACUAAAGAACGAGACCGAUCAGCCAGCAAGAGCAUGGGCUUAAAGCACUGA